GAACCGGGCAGACUUCGAAUCUGCACCUUGGAAUCGGACUGGACGUAGAAAAGACUCUCGGCAGGGUCAGUCUUCCUAGGGCUCUGUACGAACGUGCUGUGGAAUCUGCAGCGGGGAAUCCAGGAGCGCAGGGGAGCCGGCAGCUUGGAAGGUCCUGCCGCGGUGCGUGGCGGGCUUCCACCCGCUGCUCCGAAUACAAACGGUCGGCGGGAGAAGCGCGCCCCGGCAUCGGCGUCGGGCCGCAGGGAGUCGUUGCUGGAGGCUGGGCUCUCGGGGCUCUCGGAUUGCACAUGCUACCACCUCCUCUGCCCGUUGUGCGGGGCCGGAGGCCUUUGGAGCCCGUUCUUUGCUCGGCCGCUGCUAGUGACUUCAUUUUAGAGGAGCUUCAUUCCCAGAGGAUUCAGUACUCAAGGUGAAAAAUUAGAUAAUUUCCAAAGCUGGAGCUGAAUCGAAUGUUAAAUAAUGGCAACAGGUGACUUAAAAAGAAGCUUACGGAACCUAGAACAAGUGCUUCGCUCGCUAAAUUAUCCUAGAGAGGUGGAUUGUAUAGGUUUGGUAAAGGGAGACACAGCAGCCUCUCUGCCCAUCAUCAGCUAUUCCCUUACCUCAUAUUCACCUUAUGUAGCAGAACUUCUGGUGGACUCCAAUGUAGAGCUCAUAGCAAAGAAUGACUUACGCUUCAUAGAUACCGUCUACAAGCUUCUUCGUAAUCAAUUUAAUUAUAAACCAAUCUUGACGAAAAAGCAGUUUCUCCAGUGUGGAUUUGCAGAAUGGAAAAUCCAAAUUAUAUGUGAUAUUUUGAAUUGUGUGAUGAAAAAGCACAAGGAGUUGAGUGGUCUUGAGAAGACUCCAUCACAACAAAGGAAAAAAAUCAGUUCUGCUAAGUCAGAACCUUGUUCAAGCGCUGAGAAGACAUCAACUGAACCUGUGGGCAUUGACGUCACUGGCAGGUUUAUGACUUCAGGAAAGAAGAAAGCUGUGGUGAUCCGGCAUCUGUACAAUGAAGAUGGUGCUAACAUUCCUGAAGAUACAGUAACAGAUGUUAAUGAAGCAUUUGAUAUUUGUGACUUAAAGGCUGCUGAAAUAAAGAUUCCUGAAUUACAGGUUCCUGAAAUUAAGUGUGAGCAGCAAGAUACAGAAGUCAAUCCUGAGAUUAUUGCACUACAGACUAUGCUUGCUGAAUGCCAAGAAAAGCUGAAGAAACUGACUUGCAUAGAAAGUAGAUUAGAAUCUUUGGAAGAAAAAAUGAAAGGGAAAGUGAUGGUGAAUGAAAAAACCUGGGCUGAUCUUCUAAGUCGUGUCACUCUUCUUGAAACAGAAAUGCUUUUAUCUAAAAAGAAUGAUGAAUAUAUAGAGUUUAAUGAGAUGAGUGAAGACUGUGCUUCUAGUAGCGACAUGGAUAGUCUCAGUCCGGAUAGAAAAAGCAAAGAGGAAAGGCAAGCAAAUAUUCCUUUGUCCUCUGGUUAUAGUAUGGUAUCAUCCGAUUCAACUCCCAGAGCCUCAACUGUUAAUUACUGUGGUUUGAGAGAGAUUUCGGAGUGGGCUGUUCCCUAACCAGAGAUUGAACCCACGCCCCCUGCGUUGGAAGCAUGGAGUCCUAAUCACUGGACCAUCAGGGAAGUCCCCAGGUUCACAAUUUUUAAGUUGGUCUUUCUCUUCGUUCCUUUUUUGAUGUUCCAGUCUUAGGGAAAUCACUCGCUUGGUGGUUAGUGGCAUUUAGCAUGCCAGGGAGACUACUAGGACUAUUAUAGGUAGGACAAUUCCCAAUGUCUGGAGUGCAUGUCGGAGGCAUAGGCUCCAAGACCCAAACUAAUCUAAAUCAAGUAAGUCCAAGAAGGACUCCACUGAAGGAGUCACCUUUUUAAGCCCAGUGGCUUGCUCAGUGAUCUUAUGUAACUGAGUUUCAACUUCCCCAGAAAUGUUAAUCCAGGAGCAGCAGGUGGUGUUGGUCAGGGAAGUAGGGCCCAGCCAGAGGAAGAGAGUCCUGAAUCACAAAUGCCUCCUGGUAAUUCCUGUUUGAAUCAGGACAGAAAAAGUGACAGCCAUGGAUGCCAGUCAAAAUUUUAGGGUCUGGAGACCACACAGGCAGUUUUGUUCUAGUUACCCUUGUCUUUUGGUCCUUUUAUUUUUAUAGAGCCUAGAGGCAAUGUUCACCAAGUUUGGGGUGUUAGCCAGAGACAGGAAAACAGACCAAAGAAGAAAUGGGGGACAAGGAAAGGAUUUGUGUCUGGGAGGGACCCACGGGGUCUUAUCUAGUUUCAA